AUGAGUGAUAAAUUUCAUAAGUUGAGUAGUAAAUGGACGAUAUCAGAGAAAUACAAUGCUAGUCAAAACAUAGAUUAUAAGAGAACUAUUGUUGAUAUCUGUUCUUUUUCAACUGUUGAGGAGUUAGGAUUUCUGAUGAAAAAGACUAUAUAUUCAAAAUUAUCAGAUAUUUUAAGCGAACCUUAAAAAUGCAAGAUAUUUAAACAAUUUCCUGAUGAGAAUGCAGAUGCUUAAAUUGAAGCGAUAUAAUUUUUUAAAAAUGACAUCAAGCCUUGGUGGGAGGAUGAAAAUAAUAAAAAUGGAGGAGAGGUUCAAUUUGACAUUUCAACACAAUAUUAUACAGUUUAUGAUUAGAUUUAUAUUGAUAUUCUCUUGCAAAUUAUAGGAUAAGCAACAGAAGAAUUAAGACACAUUAAUGGAUUGAGAGUUUUGGAUAAAAUUAAUGCCAAAUAAGGAAAUAGAAUAAGAAUUGAAUUAUGGAUGGACAUUGAUCCAAAAGAUUAAGAUGAAUCCAUUGGGAAGUUAAUUGAAUGGAUAGAUAGUACAUUAAAAAAACACAAAAUUGAUAUUGAUUAAACUUAAUUUAUUAAAGUGUCUCAUAGAAAAUGA